GUGAGAGAGUGAGGAAUGUUGAGAGUUGUGAGAUCAUCCGUUCCCAGAUUCUUCACCACAACCCCUCUUCCCACCUUUUCACCCUUUGCUUCUUCUCGUUUCUCAGUUCGUUCCAUCGCUGAUUCUGCUGCUCCUUUCCAGAAAAUCCAGAUUCAAAGGGAAGACACUACAUUUGAUGCAUAUGUUGUUGGCAAGCACGAUGCUCCUGGAAUUGUUGUGCUUCAGGAGUGGUGGGGUGUGGAUUAUUAAAUCAAAAAUCAUGCUGUCAUGAUUUCUCAGCUUGGUCGUGGAUUUAAGGCUCUUAUUCCAGAUCUGUACAGAGGAAAGGUUGGUCUAGAUGUUGCCGAAGCGCAGCAUUUGUUUGAUGGUCUUGAUUGGCAAGGUGCGGUGAAGGAUGUCCGCGCUUCAGUUGACUGGCUUAAAACAAAUGGUUCGAGGAAGGCUGGUGUAACUGGCUUUUGUAUGGGGGGUGCUCUCGCUAUUGCCAGCUCUGUCUUGGUUCCAGAUGUUGAUGCUGCUGUAGCUUUCUAUGGUUUUCCUUCGUCUGAGCUUGCAGACCCUGCCCAAGCCAAGGCUCCUGUUCAGGCUCACUUUGGAGAGCUGGAUGAUUUUGUUGGCUUUUCGGAUGUUACGGCUGCGAAGGCCUUGGAGGAGAAAUUGAAGGCAUCUGGAGUUCCACACGAGGUACACAUAUAUCCCGGCAACAGACAUGCAUUUAUGAACAGAUCUCCAGAAGGAAUCAAUAGGAGGAAGAGCAUGGGAAUGCCUGAUGAAGAUGAAGCUGCAGUUCAGCUCGCCUGGUCUCGCUUCCAGUCAUGGAUGACACAUUACUUGUCUAGUUAGUUAAUUUAUCACUAGCUGAAGUAUGAUAUAAUGCUAUACUCUAUCUUAGGUAGAAAAGUAACAUGACUGCUGUAAUCUCUAACUAAAUGUGUUGCUUCCGUACUUGUGAUAAAAUUGACUUGGAGGAUAAUUUAAAAACUCUUCUGGUUUUUCUGUAUUAAGAAAAUAUGGUCUUUGACUGGUGGUGCUAUUGUUCAUCAA